UUAUUAUUAGUAUUGUUAUUAAAUUUUUUGUUCUGUUUAUGUUUUUUGUUGUGGUCCAGAUUACUACUGAUGAUGAUCUGAUAGCACUGGUGUCAGAUGUAGUUUUCCAGCCACAAGUUGUUUGGAAGCUUGGAGAUGUUCAAGUUACAUGUGGAACUCUUGGUCUCCCUAUGGCAACUGUUAGACUCAUUGAUGUUGAGGGGGAAGAGCAUAUUGCAUGUGCGAAUGGAACAGGUCCAGUUGAUUCAGCAUACAAAGCGGUUGAUCUCAUUGUGAAGGUUUGCCGCAGAAACUUGUAUUUUCUUCUCCCACGAUAUUCCUAUGAGGCUUGAUAAUAGUUAGAAUUG